AUGGAUAAUCACUUUGACGUUAUCGUGCUUGGCACCGGUCUGACCGAAUCUAUAACUGCUGCUGCUCUCUCCAAAGCUGGCUUUAGAGUCGCCCAUAUUGACCCCAAUCCAUAUUAUGGUGCAGACGAAGCAUCUCUCUCAUUAGAUGAACUCAUGCAGUGGGUUGAUCACCACAAAGAGGACAAUCAUUCUGUCACCCGUUAUGGUGAAGUCCCGCCUCAUGCGAGACAGUACUCAAUCUCAUUAGCUCCUUCGGUCAUUCCAUCGAUCGGUCCUUUCAUUUCGUCCCUCGUUGCCUCAGGCGUUUAUCGCUACGGAUCUUUCAAGCUCCUUGGUCGCGUUGUCAUUUAUGACGGCGGCAUAUUGAAAGAUGUGCCUCAGAGCAAGGAUGACAUCUUUCAGAGCAAGGCGAUGAGUCUCUUGGAGAAGAGGAGGGUGACGCGUUUCCUCAUGUUUGCUGCUGGAGAAUUCGAGAAUAGCAAGGAGCUGCACGGUCAAGAAGAUUUGCCCUUGCUCGAUUUCUUGCAGAGGAUUUUUUUGCUCAGUGAAGCAACCGCUCGCGCCAUUACAUAUGCCCUGGGAUAUUGCUGUUUUAUUUCAGAAACGACUCUUCCAGCUCUGCAUCGUAUCCGCAUUUACUUGAAGGCAUCUGGUCGCUAUGGGCCGUCCUCAUUUCUCGUUGGCUACUACGGUGGCUCGGGCGAAAUCGCGCAAGGCUUUUGCCGCGCAGCUGCUGUGGGGGGAGGUGUUUAUAUUCUGGGACGAUCCGUUACAAGAAUCUUGUCUGUUGAUCCCACUGGGCCAGAAUACCCCGUGCUGACAUCAGAUCUACCCCGGUUCGCUGUUGAAGUUGACGACUUUCCAGACCGUCUUCACUGCCGAUGCCUGAUAUCGUCGAAUACUCUUCUACCAGGUCACCUUCGCACUCUAGCGGAUGUCAUCCAUCCGAGUAUAUCGUCCUGCGGCUCCCCGCGGCUAUUUGCAAUGGCACGAUGUAUCGCAAUUGUUGAUGGGCCAAUUAUUUUACCAUUGGACACUAAGGAUUCCGGAGCGUCGGAUGCGUCGGAUUCUUCCCUUCUUGUCUUUCCGCCGGGGUCGUUGAACGGGGGAUCGGCUAUUUCUGCUGUGCAUGUUAUGACAGCGGGUCCAGGUACAAUGUCGGCUCCUUCUGGGAAAGGCAUCCUGUACAUUUCAAUGCCACUUCCCACCAAUUCCAUUCAUUCAGCUGAGAUCCUUUUACGCCCUUACCUAGCAGCUGUUCUUGUAUUGAUUCAGGCUGAGCAACAGGAGCAGAAAGGAUUAAUUUGUUCUACAUUCUAUAUGCAGGAACUUGCCUUGUCUACAUCCAGCACCUCAGAUUCAUUGGUAGGGCUGCUGGCUGUGCCUUCAUUAAGCCCACAUAUAACACAGGGGGUAGAUGAAGCUGCAAUAAUUGCUGAGGCCACCUUCAAAAAGGCAGUAUCUUCUCUUAAUGGAGAGAUAAAAGAGAUUAAUCCAGGACAUGAGCAAAUGUGUUUUGGCCUUUGUUAA